AACUCAUAACCACAAACAAACAAAAAACAUAUUCACUCAAAAAACGUCUAUAGCACAAUGGCUAAUUUUCAUUUCAAGCACAUUGCCAUCUUCUUCAUUCUCAUCUCAAUUUCAGUACCUCAAGUUUUAUCAGUAGUAGAGGAUUGUGGAGCAGAAGAAGACAACUCUUGUGUCAACAAAUCCAAAGCAUUACCCUUAAAAAUCAUAGCCAUAGUCUCCAUCUUAAUCACUAGCAUGAUCGGAGUAUGUCUUCCAUUGGUUACACGUUCUAUCCCGGCCCUAAGCCCCGAUCGAAGCCUUUUCGUGAUCGUCAAGGCAUUUGCAGCAGGAAUUAUCCUAGCCACGGGCUUCAUGCACGUGUUACCAGACUCAUUUGACAUGUUGUCGUCGAGUUGCUUGAAGGAGAACCCGUGGCAUAAGUUUCCCUUCACUGGAUUUGUUGCAAUGUUGUCUGCUAUAAUAACGUUGGCUAUUGACUCUAUAGCGACUAGUUUGUACAGCAAGAAAAACAAAGCUGGUGUAAUUCCAGAAAGUCACGAUCAAGAAACUGGAAAUCAUGUUCAUUCGCAUCAUCACCAUGGAUCUUUUUCGACUAAAGAUGGAGUUGAUGGUAAAAAACUACUGCGAUACAGAGUAAUUGCCAUGGUGUUAGAGCUCGGAAUUAUCGUUCACUCAAUAGUGAUAGGGUUAUCUCUAGGUGCGUCAAGCAAUACUUGCACAAUUAAAGGACUCGUCGCUGCACUUUGCUUUCAUCAAAUGUUUGAAGGGAUGGGUCUUGGUGGUUGCAUCCUCCAGGCUGAAUACAAGUUCUUAAAGAAGGCAAUAAUGGCAUUUUUCUUCGCAGUAACAACUCCAUUUGGUAUAGCACUUGGGAUAGCCCUGUCGAGCACUUACGAGGAAAACAGCCCACGAGCACUAAUAACCGUUGGAUUGCUCAAUGCAUCCUCUGCUGGCCUUCUGAUCUAUAUGGCUUUAGUAGAUCUUCUUGCUGCUGAUUUUAUGGGUGACAAGUUACAAGGCAGUGUAAAGCUACAAAUCAAGUCCUUUAUGGCUGUUCUUCUAGGUGCUGGUGGAAUGUCUGUCAUGGCCAUUUGGGCCUAAAUUUGUUUUCAUAAUUUGUUUUGAGCAAUAAGUUUGUGCACACCAGCCCCCUCCCCAUCCCUCUUUUUCUAGUCCCUGCUUUCCUCUACUUUUAAAAUUGUAAUUUGCUAUCUUUUUUAAUUUCGUGACUUAAUU